GCCAUAACCUCAUUUCCGUGAAAGUUGACAUAACAUUCGCUUGAGUGUUCGGCUUCUAAACUGCGCGUUGUAUUAUGUGAACGCUUGAAACAUCCUUUGUUGGUUUUGAAUAAGAGCAAAUAACCACACGAUGGCCGUACCGUUGAAGUUGGCUCCUAUCAAUAGCCUCCUUCACGGUAAAAUUCUCCGGAGUUUAUGGCCAUCGCUCCAGAAGUCAACACGGGUCGAUCAGAUCGACAGUUUUACCAGUGAAUUAGUAGAGAAAAAGGCAAUAAAGUGGGAAUUGCAACGUGAAUCCUUUCAACAAGAGAAAGUCGUCGUCAAGGACCGAGUAUUCAAAAGUAUAAAUCAUUUCGCGAAAAGCUUCUCCCGGGAUUUGGAGGCUAUUCGAAAACCAGAGUUAUGCGUCGAUAUUCGGGCUCUGUCACAAAUUCAGCUAGACAAUGUCUUAUCAGGGAUCGUAGAGGAAGAGUGUGUGCACGAUUUCAAUUACGUGAUUAAGCAGUGUAUUGCCUACCAAAGGCUCCCGUCGAAAGAGGUCCUUACCCGGUGCUUGGAUUUUCUUACGUGUAUUCCACAAGUGGAAACGAUUGUGGACCUCUCCCUAGUCUUCGAGAAAGUCAACGAGUCCUUUUUCAAAAACCUUUGUCACUUCCUGCCGCACCAGUCAUUGGCAUUAUGGAGAAGUGGGAACGUGGACUCGGCUCUUUCGACACUCACCAGAGGAUACCGUAUGCAGGUCCGAAAUCGCAAGUGUCUACGUGAAACUUUCCGCACAAUAGCAAAUGAGACGAUCGGCACCAAAAGCGAAGCAGUCCUUGUGUCACUUACAAGAGCAGCAGAGGACAUUCAUCAGGAAUUCGAUGAGACCUUCUUAAUAGCUUGUGUUUGGAAAAACACAUUUUCCAGCCAAUGGUUUAGCGAUCAACAAGUGGCAACUGAACUGUUUGAAAAAUAUGAAUCGCUGCGGAGUAUGAUAGGCAGGAGAGCCCCCUCACUUUGCUACAAUUUUCUAUCCCAUCACGACGUGGACGCUGUCCAUCGCCUCAUUCAACUGUUUCUGCAAUACGACAACAAGCAAGCCUGCAGCAGUUCUUUGAAAAUGCUGUUCAACUACCAAUACUGGCGUCGAGACUUACGCGCUUGUUCCGAGAUCAUGCAGUUCUGUCUGGACAUUGAUCUCGCUCUUCCCGAAAUCGAAACGCAGAAGUUGCUUAAUUUGUUGCUAAAGAGACCAAUAGAAUAUCCUAAGCCAGUACCUAAGUCAGAAUGUAAUAAGUUCCAAUAUAAAUUCUAGACGAUUUGUUGCAACACAA